AUGAUAGUUGCCCCUCCCGAAUCGCGACGGAACAAGUAUGGCAACGCAGAGGAACUCGUUUUUCGACUGAUCGACAAGCUCGAAAGCUGCUCUUUGCGAUCGCCUGCCAUACGAGAUCAACGGACACUCUUUGAACAGAUACAAGCCGUAGUGGAACAACUGAAAAGAAAGAACGAAGAGGUGAAUAGUCAAUGGCUGCUGAAAAAGAUUCUGGGCAAGUUUCCACAGCACAUACAACGAAAGGUGCUGAUGAAAAAACAAGCAGAAAAUUGCGACUUCACUAUGGAAACGCUUUUGAGAUAUCUAGAGGAUAUCAUUUCAAGUGAAGAGAUGAUCUCCAUCUACGUCGGACGACCAUCGUCACCGAGAACUCAGGAACGGAAUGAGUAUCAGAAGAAACCAUUUCACAAGCCUCUUAAUACUUGCAUGUAUUGUGGCAAAAAUCACAAAUCAGGAGAAUGCGACAAGUACAAAUCUCCACAAGAGAGAUCUAACUAUCUUCGGGAAAGGAAGCUUUGCCUGAUUUGUGCUUCACCUCGUCAUGCGACGGCUCUA